AUGACUCGUCUUCUCUCUUUGGCCAUGACCACGGUCUCCCUGUUGUCUACUACAUUUGCUCUUCACCCCGUGGAUGUUAAUGUUCUUUACAACUUCGGCAAUGGCACCUGGGCCGAGAACCUCGCGGUACGCGCCAAUGGCCACAUUCUUGUCUCACGCCUGGAUACCCCUGAAGUUCUCCAGCUUGAUCCAACGGGUGCCAGUGAGCCCAUUGUAGUUGCUUCCUGGGACUCGACAACCUACAAGGGUUGUCUCGGCGUGUCCGAGACGAGUCGCGAUAUGUUCUACGUGGUAACCUCCGGCUUUGUCGACGAUAAUUUUGUGCUCACGUCAGGGGUUAACAGCAUCUGGGAAAUCGACAUGAGGAAAUUCGCCGUCUCUAAGAAGACAGGCGAGGUGACUUCUAAAGCAAUUGUCUCCAAGCUAGUCGAUAUUCCCACUUCGGACUUUCUGAAUGGCGCUACCACUCUAUCCAAGACCUCGAUUCUUGUUGCCGAUGUUUACAAUGGCUGGGUUUAUCACGUUGAUACCCAAACGGGGGCUUACAAUGUUGCCAUCAACGAUGAAAAGAUGAAGUUCGACGUUGUCCCAAAUCCAGCCGUCAAUCUCGGAGUCAAUGGCAUCAAGAUCAAGCAUGGAUAUCUUUACUGGACCAAUACGGCUGCCGGCACUUUGAACCGUAUUCGCAUCACGAAUCAAGGCGCUGCAGUUGGUAAAUCUGAAGUUGUCGUCAGCAAUGUUCCCAAGGCCGAUGAUUUCAUAUUCAAGAAGAACGGCGUUGCCUUCAUCGCGCAGAACCAAAUGGAUGAACUCAGUGUCCUCUACCCCAGAUCGUCUGCUGCCCAGCUUAUCGCCGGUAGCAACACAUCGACCAUUCUAGCGGGUGUGUCGGCUGGUGCUUUCGGUAGGCUGCGAAAUGACGAGCAUAUUCUUUACCUCACUACUAGCGGAGGUUAG